AUGGCUGUCCUUCGGAAAUACGAAUGGAUCCUCGCCAUCAUCUCCGUCGCCUUCUGUGCCUCCUCCUUCGGUAACGGUGCCAACGAUGUCGCCAAUUCCUAUGCGACCUCCGUGGCUGCGAGGUCUCUCACCAUGCCCCAGGUCGGUUUCCUGUCCAUGAUCACUGAGUUCGUCGGUGCCGUCGCCCUGGGUGCCCGCGUCACGAAGACCGUCAAAAGCGGUAUCAUCGAUAUCACCAAGUUCACUCCCUCUCCCGGAGUCAUGAUGCUCGCCAUGGGCUGUGCAGAGAUUGGCAGCGCCACCUGGCUGAUUGUUGCUACAAAAUUCGGCUUCCCCGUCUCAACCACCCAGACCGUCGUUGGUGCCCUCGUCGGAUGUCUCCCCAGAUUUGCGGCCUCCUGGGGCAUUGCGCCCGCCAUCGCUGCUGCUUUCUCCGCAAUGAUAUUCGCCACUGUAAAGUACUCCGUGCUCGAACGCCGUGACCCCCUCAAAUGGGCUAUGCGUCUGAUCCCCCUCUACCUCUCCUUCACCGCCGCCGUUCUUGCCCUUUUUAUCCUGGUCGAGCUUCCCGGUGGCCAGUCCUACGAGGAGUUUGGCAUCGGCAGAAUGUGCGGCAUUAUCCUAGGCGUCUUCUUCGGUGCCCUGGCCUUCUCCUACAUUUUCUUCCUCCCUUACUUCCACCGACGCCUUAUCCGCGAAGAUUCCCGUAUCAAGUUCUACCACGUGCCCCUCGGCCCACUCCUCUGGCGCGAUGACCCCUGGCUCUACUUUCCCGGCCCCGCCAACGGUAACUUUGUCAUCGACUACUACAAGAGCUCUCACGUGUCGAGCACUCAGGCCCCGCCCACCAGCCCCCCCAACGACCAGCUGAACCCAGAUGCUAUCAAGCCGUCCCUGGAUGGGAAAGCCAAAAACGUAGAUUCCCCUAGCCCAUCCUCUAUCGAGAAAGGCGGCGCAGAGCAUACCACCACCGCAACCCUGGCCAGCAAGCAAUUCCUCGAGCCAGAAGAACGUUUCCUCGCCCCAACCAAACAUCUCCCCUUCUACAAUCCCUCCCGCGUUUGGUCCUAUGUCAAAUUCUUCUUCCUCCAGGGCGUCUCGCGCGACUGCGUCUCCCACGACUCUGAAAGUCUUGCCAAAACUCACGCCAAAGCCAAACGUUAUGACAACAGAGUCGAGCAUCUCUGGACCUACGCCCAGGUUGCCAGCGCCAUGAUGAUGUCCAUCGCCCACGGCUCCAACGAUGUGGCCAACGCAGUUGGCCCCUGGGUCGGCGCUUACGACACCUUUAUCACCGGCGUCGUCGACAAGGAAGCAAACACUCCAAUCUGGAUCCUGGUCGUCGCGGGCUUCCUGCUCGGUGCCGGUUUCUGGUUCUUCGGUUACAACAUCAUCCGCGCCCUGGGUAACAAGAUCACUCAGCUCUCCCCCACCCGUGGAUUCUCCAUGGAGCUAGGAGCCGCCAUCACCGUUCUUCUCGCCUCACGGCUGGGACUCCCCGUCAGCACCACCCAGUGUCUCACAGGCGCCACGAUCGGAACUGCCCUGAUGAACUACGAUCUCGGUGCUGUCAACUGGAAGCAGCUGAUGUGGAUCGUAUGUGGCUGGUUCUUGACGCUGCCCUUUGCGGGUCUGCUAUCCGGGCUUUUGAUGGUGAUGGCUCUCAACACGCCUCAUCUGUAG